AUGACUUUGCCCGACUGGCCAAUUGGUGGAGGCUCCGGCUCCGGCAGGAUCAGCCUCAGGCUCGGCAUCAAUGCCGAGGAGGAAGAGGAGGAAGCGGAUGCAGAGGUUGUGGGAGACGGCGGCCGUCAUCCAUACAGCCAAGCCGAGACGUUGGCUCUGUACGACGCUUGGAUCAGCGUCUCGUACGAUCCUGUCGUCGGGAAUCAACAAACCCACAAGUGUUUUUGGCUAAAAGUCACCGAAGUUUACAACACAAGAAGGCCGACGAAUACCGUUCCCCGCAACGUGAAGAUGCUCCGCAGUCAUUGGGACCGAAGCGACAGAGAUGUCAAAAAAUUUUGCGCGAUAUACAGGGGAGAAGAGGCGAAUUAUCAAAGCGGAGCCAGUGGAGCCGACAUUCUGAGAGCGGCGUUGCGGGUCUUCAAAGACGACGUCGGCAAAGAUUUCAAGCUUGUCGAUGUUUGGUCGCAAGUCCACCACCUUGAAAGGUGGGCUGGCGGUGUCGAGUCGGGCUCGAAACGCACGAAGCGCACGGCGCGUGGCCACUACUCGUCUAGUGAUGGCGGCGAAGGCAACACCUCACGUGAGGGCACGCCAACCGAUGAUGCAGGGGGUCUUCUUCCGGUGCACGACGUCGGCCGCAAGGGACCAAGACGGCGAAGGCGGCUAGAGCCAGGGGGAGAGCGAGAGCGAGAGGGAUGGGCCGCGGCGGACCAAGCCGGGCGUGCUCGGGCUCCGGCACGGGCACGGGCUCGCACACCCUAA